AUGCCAAAUGAAAAUAAGAAGGAAAUAGUCAUAGUGGGAGCAGGCAUAAUAGGCUGUACAACAGCGUAUUAUCUCACGACACAUCCUGCAUUUUCUAGAGAAAAUCAUCAUAUAACUAUUAUUGAAAGCAAUAACGUUGCAUGUGGUGCAUCAGGUAAGGCUGGUGGUUUAUUAGCCAGUUGGGCGUUUCCAUCACAGAUUGGUGAAUUGAGUUUUAGAAUGCAUAAGGAAUUAGCCAAGAAAUUUCAUGGGGAUGAAAAAUGGGAUUAUAGAGUAUUAGAUACGAUAUCCAUUGAGGCUGAUAUUAGAAAUGAAUUAGGUGAUGACGAAGAAUUGUUACAAGAAAGAGGUUACAAUUUAGAUGUUGAUAUGCCGAAGAAAAGUAAUAAAUUUGCUAUACAGGGUGAUCCAUCGAUGGAGAGCAUUGAUAGUCUUGUUGAUGAUGUUAGUAGUUGCAGUUCAUAUUCAACUGUUAGCACAGGUUCGUAUAGUUCAGCAUCUUCAUCAUCAGCGUCUAAUUCCGUCUCAUUAAACAUAAAUCAUGAUGAUAGGAUGAAAGGACGUAAUCCACUACCUAGGAGACUGAAAUGGAUUAAAAGAAAAUUGGUGGAUGAUUGGUCUACUUUGGGAGACGCUGAAUCCACUGCGCAGGUACAACCGUACAAAUUUACACAUUUUGUUCUUGAAAAGGCAAUGGAGUCAGGCGCUGUUGAUUUAAUUUAUGGCAAAGUUUCAGACAUUAUUAAAAAAGAAAACUCAAAUGAGGCUACCGGGGUGUCUUAUAUUCCGGUAAUUCCAAAAUCACAUAACACGCCUUCAAGUGUCAGUGAUACGGUGAUCGAUAUCAACGAUGUGGAUGAAAUCAUAAUAACCGCGGGACCGUGGACUUCGAGAUUACUACCAGAUUGUCCAAUAUCUGGAUUAAGAGCACAUUCUAUAACAAUUGAACCUGAAGAUAUCAAGAAAGUCACUCCUUAUGCCAUUUUCACUGAAUUAAGAACGGGAGACACGGAAUAUUUCUCACCUGAAAUAUAUGCAAGGAAGGAUGAGGUCUACGUAUGCGGUGAAGGCGAUACACUGGUUGAAUUACCUGAUGCGACGCAGGAUGUCGAAGUAUCUAGAUUAAAAUGUCAAGAAUUGUUUAGAUAUGCGUCUAAAUUGUCGAAGAAUUUAUCCAAUGGUAAGAUAAACGCAAGUCAAGCAUGCUAUCUACCUGUAUUGAACGUUGCGACGAGUUCUGGCCCAUUAAUUGGAGAGACUAAUAUGAAAAAUUUAUAUUUGGCAAGUGGACAUUCAUGUUGGGGCAUAAAUAAUGCACCAGCCACGGGGAAAUUAUUGUCGGAAAUAAUAUUUGAUGGAAGUGCACAAUCUGCAAAAAUCGAUAAAUUGAACCCUAAACUAUAUUUUGAUGCCAGUAUAUAA